CCAACGAUCAUUAGUGACAUUUUGCAGUAAGUAUUGUGGUUCUAGGUACAUAAGAAGUUUCACACCACGGUAUUAGUGCCUUACUACAACUAUUGGCUUCUUGACUAAGCUUGGAACUUAGUUUAUUAUAUAUCCAGUUGCCACCAUCAAAUACCAGCGAAGAGCUGGGUGCUGCAGGGAUUGCUAUAGCUUUAGCUUUCUCUUGUCUUAGUCCAUAGAAUGGAAGGCUUCCAUGCACUAAUUUUUCUCAUCAUUCUACUGUAUGUCAUCUCCACCGCCCGGUGCGCCGCUCCCGGGAUAGAACAAGCUGCAUCCGACCGAGCGGCCCUCCUCUCCUUCAAGUCUCUCGUCGAGGACGAUCCGCUCGGAGCGCUCUCCUCGUGGAACAACGGCUCUCUCCACUACUGCAGGUGGCGCGGUGUCUCCUGCGGCCGCCGCCAUCCCAACCGGGUCACGGCCCUCGACCUCAAGUCUCUCCGCCUAACCGGUUUCGUAUCGCCCUCCGUAGCCAACCUCACAUUCCUCCAGAGGAUCGACCUGUCCGACAACAUGCUAGACGGGAGCAUCCCAGAGGAGCUAGGAAGCCUACGCCGGCUGCGAUAUCUCAACCUGAGUGUGAAUUCUCUUCGCGGAACGAUCCCGUCUUCGCUCGGCAAUUGCUCUAAUCUUCAACUACUCAACUUGACAGAUAAUAAGCUCAACGGUGAGAUCCCGCCGACCCUAUCACGUCUUUCCGGUCUUAGAGAGCUAAUGCUGCGUCAAAACAUGUUACAAGGGACGAUCCCUUCCAAUCUAACACAGUGUAAAGAGCUUCAGGCUGUCGAUCUAGGGAAUAACUUUCUCACAGAAGAAAUUCCAGGAGAGCUUGGCUAUCUCCAAAAGCUAACAUUCUUAGCACUCAGCUUUAAUAAUCUUACAGGAGCCAUCCCUGCUGCUUUGGGCAAUCUUGCUCGGCUUCAACGCCUUGAUCUAAAAUUCAAUAGCCUUUCGGGGUCCAUCCCGGAUUCACUUGGGAAUCUCUCUUCCCUAAUCUAUCUUUCUUUCGGCAAAAAUAACUUGUCAGGAGCCAUGCCUCCAUCCUUUGGUAGCCUUCCCUCCUUGAACAUACUUGAAAUCCAAGAUAAUAGCCUCACAGGAACCAUUCCGCCCACCCUCACAAAUCUCUCCUCUCUGAACAUGCUUUUGCUACGAGAAAACAAACUUCAUGGUGAAAUUCCCCACUUUGCAGAACUCCCAUUCCUCUCUCGACUGGACUGCUCUCAUAAUUAUCUCUCCGGGACGAUCCCAAUCUCGCUCGGACGACUUUCAUCUCUUGAAUAUCUCAUUCUCGGGAUGAACAACUUAACAGGGGAAAUACCAUCAUCCCUUUACAAUCUAUCAUCCCUGAAGACCUUAGAACUCCCUUAUAACCAACUCGAGGGAACUCUACCCUCCGAUAUCGGAAAUGCUCUUCCGAACCUUCAAUUUCUUCUUAUGUAUUAUAAUCAGCUCGAGGGGCGAAUUCCGGCAUCCUUGUCCAAUGCUUCUGAGCUCAAUAUGCUUGACCUAUCGUUCAAUGCAUUCCACGGCACGAUACCGCCGAGCCUUGGAGCCUUGCAGAGUCUUUUGUCGCUUGAACUGCCGAGCAAUCGACUUGAAGCCAGGAAGCCUAGUGAUUGGAGCUUCAUUACAGCACUGACCAACUGCACCAGUCUCCAACUGUUGGGUUUAGGAGACAAUUUACUUGAAGGCAUGAUGCCCAAAUCACUAGUCAAUCUUUCCACUAGUCUUUAUUUUUUGGAACUCGCCGACAACCAAAUAUCAGGAAUUAUACCAACUGAGAUUGAGAAGUUAAUCAAUCUAACUUUUCUUGACAUGAGUGUUAACGAUCUUCGAGGCACCAUUCCUAUAGAAAUCAGCCAUCUUUGGCAAUUACAGUACUUGGAUCUGUCGAACAACAUGCUCUUGGGCGAAAUUCCACCCACUUUGGGCAACCUAACACGAAUGGACCAGCUCUAUCUUGGCAGCAAUGAAUUUGAAGGAGACAUUCCGCCGACAUUAAGCAACAUGUUAGUGCUAGAGUCGUUAAAUCUAUCAAAUAAUAGGCUAAGCAGUAGCAUUCCGCAAGAAGUUUUGACCCUUUCAUCGCUCACAAACUUCCUUGACUUGUCGCAUAAUUUACUCAACGGUUCAUUACCGUUGGAAGUGGGCAACUUGAUAAAUAUCGGGGGGCUUAAUCUCUCAAAUAACAGGCUCUCUGGUGAGAUUCCAGACACCAUCGGCAAAUGCGCCAUCUUGGAAAUUCUUCAUUUAGAGAAUAACUUAUUUCAAGGGUCCAUUCCUGCCUCCAUUGGCAAUUUAAGAGGGCUUGAGGAGCUUGAUCUCUCAAAAAACUUCUUCUCGGGCCAAAUACCGGCAUUCCUUGACGAGCUCCCGGAUCUACACUACUUGAAUCUCUCCUUCAACAGUUUUGAGGGUCGAGUGCCGAUGAAAGGGGUCUUUAAGAAUGCGAGCGAAGUCUCGCUUAUCGGAAAUAGUAAACUCUGCGGCGGAAUUCCAGAAUUACACUUGCUGAAAUGCACUUCAGAUGCCUUUGCAACAAAACAUCACUCUGAUUAUAAACUCAGAGUAAUACUCAUUCCUAUAUGUGGAGCAAUUUUGUGUUUGAUUAUAAUCAUGUGCUUGCUUGGGAUACAUCACUUGAUUAAAAACUCACAGAGAAAGCCGCUGUCGAGGUUUUCCUUAAGAAACCGACACGCGAAAGUAUCUUACGAUGAGCUCUUCAGGGCUACAAAUGGGUUCUCCUCAGAAAAUCUCAUCGGCACGGGAAGUUUUGGGUCGGUUUAUAAAGCCGCCAUGAACUAUGAAAACGCCGACAUCGUCGCGGUGAAAGUGCUUAACCUUCAACAGCAUGGGGCUUUUAGGAGUUUUAUGUCUGAAUGUGAGGCCCUGAGAAGCAUUCGACACCGAAAUCUUGUCAAAAUUCUUACAUCGUGCUCUAGUUUGGAUCACCGCGGUAACGAUUUCAAGGCCUUGGUUUUUGAGUACAUGCCUAAUGGAAGCUUAGAAGAGUGGUUACAUCCAAAUGCACGCGAGAAUUGGCCAUUCAGAAGCCUAAGCCUAAGCCAAAGGUUGAACAUAGCUGUCAACGUAGCCUCGGCAUUAGAGUAUCUUCAUCACGGAGGGUCCGUGCCGAUUGUUCACUGUGAUCUUAAGCCCAGCAACAUCCUUCUCAACAAUGAAAUGACGGCGCAUGUGGGUGAUUUCGGGUUAGCAAAGUUUUUGCGGCAACCGCCUGACGAAUCAUCUGAGCGUUCAUCUACCAGCACUGUGGGAAUCAAAGGAUCUAUUGGUUAUGUUCCUCCAGAGUAUGGAAUGGGCUGUAAACCAUCUAGGCUUGGCGAUGUAUACAGCUACGGAAUUCUUCUGCUAGAAAUGUUCACUGGAAUGAGCCCCGUCGACGACAAGUUCAAAGACGGACUGAACCUUCGUGGAUAUGUUCAUGCUGCUGCUGCUUCUCCUGAACAUCUCAUGGACAUCAUUGACAGAAACCUGCACUCAGCUGAUAAUGAUACAGCUUAUCGAGAAGAGCGUGUGCGAGAUUGCGUAGUUUCAGUGUUCGACUGCGGUCUCUCCUGCUCAAAUGAAUCACCACACGAACGAUGCGACAUGACGGAAGUCUCAAAGGUGCUGAGUGCAGCAAGAGAGAGGCUUCUUAGCUAAAAGCAGUUUUGCUCCCUAUGCCACGUUUCUCACUAGAGGCAAAUGUAUGUAUGUUUAAUUGAACAUCCUCCGCUUUUCCUUAUUUGCAUUAAAUAAAAACCUUGUGUAAUAAAAAUGCCUAGUCCUUAUGGUUUUGAU